GUUUAAACCUAGCUUUUCAGACCCUUGGGAAAAUAGUUCAGAAUUUAUAGGAAGGCAGUUUGAUGCCGUAUGAAGUUUGUGCCUCUAGAGUAUGAUGGCAAACCACCUUGUAAAACCAGAUUCUAGAAGUUGCAAGCGGUCAAGAGAAUUGGAGCCCCAAUUGCCAGUUAGUCCACAGCAAUCUUCUCUUGGAAACUUAAAUUCAUAUUUCUCUGAAUAUUCUGGACUAUUUAAAGAUGACUCCCUGGAGAAAGAUUUGAGUGAUAUAAGCAAGGAAAUUAAUGUGAUGCUGACUACGUAUGCAAAGGUUUUAAGUGAGAGAGCAGCAGUGGAUGCAUCUUACAUUAACGAGCUAGAUGGACUCUUCAAAGAAGCCAAUUCUAUUGAAAACUACCUACUACAAAAAAGAGAGCUCCUGAAAGAGAGGUUUACAAUGAUUACAAACACACUGCAAAAAUAAAAUGUAUACUUAACAUCAGCUGAUAGUUUCUGCCUAUUAGUGUUGUAAUAAAAAAGUGACCUUAUGUUUUUAUUUGUUAAAGAAAAUGUAUAUACUAAAUGGAGGAGGCGAGUUCCUUUUUUUCUAGAUUUAAAAGAGGAUGGAAGCUGGACAUUAAUAUGAAGUAUGUAAUAUUUCUUUUGAGGCUCAAAUAUUUGGCAUGGCAAAUAAAAAAUACAAAGUUUAAAAAUCAUAUAU